AUGUCGUGGUGCUAUAAUGAUGGCCGUGACGCCGAGGAAGACCUCUUCACUCCUGGCGCAGGCCCGUCACGCUUCCAGACCUGUGCCAACGACGAGUCGGACGAGGACACCCAAUGUUCUGCACAACCGUGGCCCUAUACCUACAUCGUGCAUGGGGGACACCUGAAUCCCUACGUGCCACUGCCGCAUCCAUCCCUCCCUGUGACCCACCUCGCGGGUCCGACCCCCUUCGCACCACACGCGUCCGCCCAGGCCGCCCACUGGGACGACGACAACGACGAGUCGACGGGCGCAUGGCCGUUCCCGGUUCCAGUCCCCGCCACUCAUGCAUACACGGAGGAGGCUCUACGCUAUGUCCCCGUCUCGACCUUCUCAGCACGGGUGGAUGCAUUGGACCGUAUUGAGGUCCCUCGGAGGCGCGGCGCGGCGCAUUUCUCCUCGCUGCUGGACGCCGUCCAGCCGAUCAGGGGUCCAUGGAGCGAGAUGGCGCAGGAGAUCGUGGAGGCACCGCGCGACAUCGUCCUUCGGGUGUUGGCCGAGGUGCUUCCGCGGGAGCCCGUCGAGGAGGUCCCGGGGCCCAUCCCAGAGCUGCCGCCAUCACCAGAGACCGCCUCGGUGCCGGUGCCGCAGGCGCACCAUGUGGAUGCGGAGGAGGGGCCGAGGCGGAAGAAGGCGAGGAACGAGAAGGGAAGCGAAGGGGAGGGGGAGGGCCAGGGAGGAAGCCAGGGAGGGAACGGCGCGAAGGCGGAGAGGCGCAUAGUCAGGAGGCCGCGCAUGCCCCCGAUCGCGGGGUGUGGGCUGUUUUCAGUCAGGCUGCCGAGCCACUAUGCGGCGAGAGGAAGAGAGAUGGUGGGGGUGCAAAGCCAGAUCCCUGUGGUCUAUCCACAGGCGCAUGGCAGCGCCCCCAAAGAUACUACAUUUACAUCGACGACGUCCACCCACAGGGUGGAGAUCCCCAUAGGUGAGCCAGUCCCCGAGGCUGUACCGCAGUCCAUUGGAGGGCCCUGGACAACGACACCUGGGGAGAAACAGAGAGGCGCGCGAAAGCGCAAGAGGGCAGACCCUCAUGUCUGCGACGGCCCCGACGGGUGUAGCAAGCGGCUGUCGUGCCCGUACGACAUGCCCCGACACAAGGCGACUCUGCGCCAUGGAGGAGUGUGCGAGUUUGCAUGCGACGACUGCCCCGCCCUGUUCGUGCGCAAAGAUGAAGUGCUUCGCCACAUGCGGGAGCACUGCCCAAACAGGGGCAGGAAACAUAACGGCGGGGGCGGUCCCUCGCAGGGCCCGAGACACGAUGGUCUAGAGGGCGGCGGAGGGGGCAUGGGGGGCAUAGGAGAUAGCCUGCUCAGUCUGGUCGUGGUGGACCCGCUCGGCAUUGCACGACGGAUGGGAAACCGGUCGUUAUAUAAGCCAUCAUGCAUCGCGUCCACGACGGCACCUCAAGGCCAGGCCUCAGGGCCUCUGCGGCGAGAGUUCGAAAAGGUCAUCUUUCACGAGGUUGAUCACUUCUAUCACGGAAAUUUCCUAUUUCAUCCAUUGGAACUGACCAUUAGCUCUGAUGAGACAAACGAAGCAUCGAACUCAGCGAAGCAUUCGUGGAUGGGUAAGGCGAUCUCACUGGUAGAGGCUGAGGGUGCAGUUGUUGAGGGCAAGGUUUCGAAUUGGAGACUCGGAGGGUUGUUGAUGUCGGAGGAGCAGUGCAUCAAGCUGGAGAAGGAGCGAGUUGCACACAAGCCUGGACGAAUUAAGGUCGUCGACAAGAGAUGGGGAGGUAGGCUCGAUUCGCGGCGGGCUUCAAGGGCGAUCAGUUCGGGACGAUCGACGCCCCAUGUAAAGCGGCCGCAACAACAGCGAGGCCGCUCGACGAAAGUUUUCUGCUGGGACUCAGAAGUCUAA